AAGAUCUGUAUUCAUUCACUACACCAGAAUUCCGCGCGAGAAGAGUGGAAAGUCUUCCUAAACCGCUUAACACACACACACACACGCACAUUCACGCAUACAGACCGCAGAAAUUCUCAAUUAUCAUCAAAUCCAAUUCGAUCGACCACCAUCACCCGACUCAAUACCAUAUAAAACAUAUUCAAAAAUAUGUCUAGACCAGGUGUACCAGCCAAUAUCGCCAAUGUGUCCGCACCUGUUGCAGGUAGCGUAAAGAUGUUCGGUAAAUGGGAUGCAAGUGAAGUGGAAGUAAAGGAUAUCUCUUUGACCGAUUACAUUGCUUUGCGUAAUGCCGUUUACGUUCCACACACCGCUGGUCGUUACGCCAACAAGUCCUUCAAGAAGGCUACAAUGCCAAUUGUUGAACGUUUGGUCAACUGGUAAGUGUCAAUGAAGGGGAAGAUGAGGUGAAAGAGGAUGCAGUGAGAAUGGAGAAUACGAUAUCGACAGCGUAAUUUGUGGGUGGGAUAUGAGGUGCGAC